AGUUGAUUCUCGCGAGAUUUUCUUGAAAAGUGUUACUAUAUUUAGUAACAGAUCUUUUUCUUUCUUGACAAGAACUGCGAAAGAAGCGAGGCUAGACCGGCAUUACAAAAUUCCAUAAAGUUUAAAAUUUUUAUGAGUCAGAAGGCAGAAAAACCGUCAUUAUCAGGCACGCGUCUGAAGACCCGGAAAAGGGAUGAAAAGGAGAAGUACGAUCCUUCAUUAUUCCGAGAUGCAAUUAUCGCUGGUCUUAAUGAAACAGAUGGUGAUUUAGACCAGGUAUCAAAAUACUUAGACACGGCAGGGGCCAAACUUGAUUACAGACGUUAUGCAGAGGUCCUCUUUGACAUACUCGUAGCUGGAGGACAACUUGCACCAGGUGGAUCUAUUGUUGAAGAUCCUGACCCUAACAAAUUAUCUAAGACUCAUGUGUGUGUUUUUGGUACAGAAGAGUCCAUUGAUAAGCUAAAAGCUUUUUAUGAUAUUUUCUAUAAACUUUUGAGAAGAUACAAGUACUUAGAGAAAUCAUUUGAGGAAACACUUAAAAAGUUGAUAUUAUUCUUAAAAGGAUAUCAUGAAUCAGACCAGAGAAAACUGGCAAUUAUUACAGGAGUAUUCCUGGCCACUGGUUUCUGCUCAGCAAAAGUCUUAUCCAAUUUGUUUGAGGAUCAUUUGGUUAAAGAUGGUUUAUCACUGGAUUUUGCCACCAUGAUGUUUAGAGUUUGGCUUGAAGAACGAGACAUACAAUCAAUCAAUGGAGCAUUGAAAAAAGCUCAGUUAGAUACAAGACUGUUGGAGCUGUUUCCCUUGAACAAGAGAAGCUUGGAGAAUUUUGUUGCUCAUUUUGAGAAGGCUAAACUGUCACCUAUUGCUGACAUGCAGAAAGCAAUUUCUACUUCUGGGAUAAGAAAAAGUUUACAGAAACAGUUGGGAGAAAUGAUUAAAGAUGAAGAAAGUGUUGAGGAAAUGCUACGGUUUAUACAUGAACAGAUAAAGGACAAUAGUUUGAAUGAUAGUGAAAUCACUACAAUGGUUUGGAACACAAUUAUGGCUGCAGUUGAGUGGAACAAGAAAGAAGAACUGGUGGCAGACCAGGCUAUGAAGCACAUUAAGAUUUACUGCCCUUUGUUGGCCACAGUGGCAAAAAGUGGCAAGGCAGAAUUGACUUUGAUGGUCAAAAUACAAGAGUAUUGUUAUGGCAAUGUCAACUUCAUGAAAUCAUUUCAGAAAAUCAUUGUCAUGUUGUAUAAAAGUGAUGUUUUAUCAGAGGAUGUCAUUUUAAAAUGGUACAAAGAAGGACACUCUUCCAAAGGGAAAAGUACAUUCUUGGAACAGAUGAAGAAGUUCAUAGAAUGGUUGGAAAAUGCUGAGGAAGAAUCUGAAGAGGAUGACUAGAUGCAGCCCCAGUGGUUAUGUAGUUACCUCCCUUUGAAAAUUGGAGUUACUCCCCUUUGGAUUUUCUUGUACCUUGAUGUGCAUAAUGAGGAUAAAACUGUACAUGAUUUAUCAUGGUUCUGAUGCAAACUAUGUUAACUUAAUAAUAAACAAAGACAAAAAAAUGACAAAUUGUUGACAGAGAUUUGAUGCCAAUUUUUUCUGCAAAUUUUAUGUUAAAUAUUUCUUUGUGUAAUGAUAUGUCCAUGACAGAAUAAAAAAUCAUAAUAACACCGGCAUCAAUUUCCAUGUAUUUUUUUAAACUUGUGUAAGAAGCUGUCAUGUAUAUUCAAUCAGAGAUUUUCCGUCUUAUUAUUUAUAAACUUUCCUUCCUUUCUUUUGUUUUACAUUUUAUUGUUGUAUUUUAAUUGAAAAAUGGACAGCAGAAUGAAAUAUGAACAACAUAAAAAACCAAGGUUUCUAUGUCAUCAACAUAAUUUUGUUUUCUAGAUUGUGUACAUCUAAAGGAAUUUUUUAAUAAAAUUAAAUGAAUUGAAAUAAUUUUCUAUUGUUAAAGGUGAUAAGAUAUUAUGGAUUUGAUGCAAAGAAAAAAUCUCACUAAUGUAAAAUGAUUAAUUGUAUGCUUCCAUGGAUAAAUUGAUUUCAUUUUAUUUUUCACUCACCAAAAAUAUGAAACAAACAUUAUGCCAGUUGUUUAUUUCUAAACAGGCAAUCAGGUAUUAUUACAUUGUUUCUGGUUUUACUCAUAAAUAAGAUUCAUUGAAUUUUUUUCAAUGUUAUGCUAUAAAUUGUCACACGACGGACUAGUUUUAAGCCAUAUUGGUUUAUCUUAAUACUUUUACCUGUGGGCAGCAAAAUACAAGAUAUUUUUGAAAGAUUGAAAUUGACUUAAAGAUUUGAUAUUACAUUUGUAUGUAAGUUUUAUAUGACUGUAACAUUUGGAAAAACUGAAUCACAAUUAAUAGUAGUUAGAUAAGGCAAAUUAAAAAAAAAAAUCAGUAUCUGAAAACCAUUUGCAUUACCAUGAGUCUUUACUUUAAAGUUUCACAUUCUGGGAAGGAAAUGUGUACAAGUUCAAUCUUAUACCAAUGCAUUAUGGAACAUUUACAGUCUCAAAUUUGAAUUCUGAAAAGAACUAUUACUCUCAUCCACAUUUUUUAAUCUCAAUUUGCUGAUUAAAUCACAAAUUAAAAUGAGUUCAUGUUGUUUCAUUUAAUUGUUGUCUUUAACAAUGAAUUGAAGAAUUAUUUAAAAUAUAAAUAUGGUGUUUUUGUAGAAGGAAUGAACUUUGAUCAAUUUGUUGAAAUAAUAUAUACAUGAAUUUUAAUUAAGAUUAAUAAAAAAACUUUCUUCAUAUCCUUGCUAACAGUUAGAGAUAACCAUUUAAUACCCAAAUGAUUUGUGUGUGUUGUCCUACUACAAAAUAAUUAGUUACAGCAUUCCCUUGUUUUAUUUUCACUCAUUGAGUCACUCUUAAUCUUUUCCAUCAAUUUCUUAAUCAUCUUAGAAUAACAAAUUCUUCAUUCACCAUUCAAACGUGCUAUUUCAAGUAUGCAUAUUGUGACAAAGAUUAUUACUUUGUCAAAAUUUUAUUGGGGUAGUUUUAGAAUGUGAAUAAAAAAAAUUUAUGUAAUUAUAAUUUAUUUGAUCCAUACAUAUGUAUAUGGAGCAGCUUUUCCUUCAUUUACCAAGUAUAUACUUGUAAAUUUUAUAAAAUGGUUAUAUACCAAAGUUGCACUGUAUAACUUAAAAAAAAAUUAUUAUGGACUAUCACCAUGGUUACAAGCUUUUGAUGUUUAUUUUAAGUAACUUGUCAAUGUUUAAAAAUAUAUAUAUAUACAUGUGUUUGUAUAUAAUACAGUACAUGUUAAUGUUUUUAACAUCAACAUUAUUAAAUUAUUUUCUGCCACCUUUGUAGAAUUUAUCAAGUCUACAAGUGCAUGAUGUGCCAAAAAACGUGUAAAGAAAAGAUUAAAACUGUGAGAACAUUGGGCUAUUAAUGAUAACUAGUAGGAAUACAAAUUUUUGUCUUGUCAUCUUUACAUAUUCAUGUAAAUAGAUAAUGGCCAGUAAAGCUGAUGCCUUUUCAUUUCACUGUCUUUUUCAGAUAUGUGUAAUGUGCAGUCCUUUGAAAAACACCAGGCUAUUAUUAUUUUGCUUUAUCUAAUAUUCAUAAAAUAAUUGUGCAAUUUCAUAUAAUAUCUGUAUUUUGGGAGGAAAUAGUAAAUGUUUUUAACAGACGUUUCAACAAAUUAAUUCUAGCUUUUAACUUUAAGCUGUUAAAUCAUGUUUAUUUUGGAUUUUUAAAGCCAUUUUUUCUAAUUUUCAGCUGAAAUGAGACUUCAGCAUGAUUGUUGGAAGUAAAACUUACAAAAAUAAAUUAAUUUGGAUCUUUCAGUUUCCUGUAUCUUAUUUCAAUAUCAUAUUGUCAAGUAAUGGUGGUAAUUAAUUUUCUGUUCCAAGCAUAUUUAUUUUGAUAUUUAUACAUAAAGUAUGAUCCAUCUGCUUUAUACCUCUAAAUGGUUUUUAACAUGAUGUAUAAAUACAAAUACUUCUGGUCACCAGAGAUCAGGGAUGCAUCACCAUGUGGUGCUAAUUCAUAGCAGCCAUUAAAAAUAUGUGCAUGUACAGCAAAUUUGUACCUUCCUUUUCUAAAUAAAAAUGAAUAAUUUA